AUGUGUGGCGAAAACUGCAAAGAAAUGAGACAAGGGAAGAAGGAGAUUUCAGAUGAACAGAAUUCAUCAAACAUGAAUGACAAAGAUAUACAGGAGCAAUUUGAAAAAUAUGAAGAAAAAAUAAGACGAAAUAGUAAAAAAAACAUUCUUAGCGAUAAAUCUAUGGGAAGUGUUGAUGAAGGGGAAAGUAAUAUAUCCAAUUCAUCCUCUACAAAUAAACGAGAAGAUGGAAAUUCACAAAAUAAGUCAACGGAUAAUGACAUCCAGAACGAAAAUGAAUGUUCAAAGAUGAACCCCCAUAUCAACCUUUCCUCAAAUAAGAAAAACAUAAUAAAUGAUGAAUUCUCCAGUGAUGGUGACGAAACGGAAUGCCUAAGCGAAGUAGAUAAGAAAGAAAUUGAAAUUAAAGAACUGGAUCUAGAUAGAUUAAGUGUCAGACAGAGCAAACGAUUGUCAGUAAGUGCUGAGGCAUACGGAGAAUGGAACAAAAAAAAAUUGAAUUUUGUUCCAAAGGUUUAUAAGAAAGAAGAGAGUGAGAAAGCGAAAUUAAGAGAAGCGCUAAAUGAAUCCUUCUUAUUUAACCAUUUGAACAAAACAGAAAUGGAAACAAUUGUAGAUGCAUUUUUUGAUGAACAUGUUGAACCAAAUGUAAAUAUAAUCAACGAAGGAGAUGAUGGUAAUUUGUUAUAUGUAAUUGAUCAAGGAGAGGUAGAAAUUUACAAAACUAAAGGAAAGGAAAAAGAAAUAUUAACACUUUUAAAACCUACUGAUGUAUUUGGAGAAUUAGCUCUAUUAUAUAAUUCAAAAAGAGCUGCAACUGCAAAAGCAUUAACAAAAUGCCAUUUAUGGGCAUUAGACAGAGAAUCAUUUACAUAUAUAAUCAAGGAUAACGUAGCGAAAAAAAGAAAAAUGUACGAAGAUGUGUUAAAGCAGAUUACUAUAUUGAAAGACAUGGAUCCAUAUGAGCGAUCUAAGGUUGCUGAUUGUUUAAAAACAAAAACCUUCUUAGAUGAAGAAAUAAUUAUAAAUGAAGGUGAACAAGGUGAUACAUUUUACAUACUCAUUGAUGGAAAUGCUUUGGCCUUAAAAAAUAAUACUGUCAUUAAGACAUAUAAUAAGGGCGAUUAUUUUGGAGAAUUAGCUCUUUUGAAAAAUCAACCCAGAGCUGCUACUGUAAAGGCAAAAAACACUUGCCAAGUCGUUUAUCUAGACAGAAAAAGCUUUAAGAGACUUCUAGGUCCAAUAGAAGAAAUCUUGCAUAGAAAUGUGGAAAAUUAUAAGGCCGUACUCAAACAGCUGGGAUUGGACACGGCUUGCAUUGAAGGCAAUUGA